AUGGGCAAGACGCGAGUGUUACUUGUCUUCUGUUUGGUUAAUGCAAUUCAAGUGAAUCAAGUGCUGUGUGAAGGAGCAAAGACUACGACCAAAUCAUCGAGUAAUGAUACUGGAUCGGAGUCAUUGCCGGUUCCUACGAGCUCCAAAAGCUCUGUUACAACUACUGUACUUCCUCGGAGUCAUACAGUAACGAAAGACGAUCAUAAUGUAACAGUUAAAGAUGUUGGAAGCCAUGAACCUACACCUGCAAUCAACAGCACGACUCCAACAACUCCUGUAGGAUUGAAGACGUCUCCAUUGAGUUCGAGUGGGACGUCCGGUCUUUCUGCGAAUUCAACAUCGGGGUUAAGUCCAACUACUGGAACUCCAACUGUGUCUUCGAACGGAACUGCAACUCCAACGCGUGUCAAAAAUCAUGAGCAACACACGUCCACGAAAAGCUCUGGGAAUUCAACGACUCCGGCACCUCCCGGUUCGAAACAAUCGACGACAAUUAAAAUGUCUACAGCACCUUCAACAGUCUCAACUACUCUGAAGUCUUCCACCAAUGAUACGGCUAAUGCCCAUCCGACAGGACAUAACGUUUCAUCAACUACAGCAGAACCCCGCACAACACAUCAGACGAACACAACGAAUCCAAUUAUAAAAAAAUUUAAUGGAACAUCAAAGGAUAAUUCUACUGGGCAGGCAGCGAAAGCGGGAUCAUCAGCUUUGUCUCAUAAUGCAUCCUCUACCACUCGAGUGAUCGAAAACGGAAACAUGACUUCAUCUCAUACGACCUCUACCACCCAAAUUCCGAAAAACAAAGCAAAUUUGAACGGAACUUCAACCACCAAUUCUACCACGCAGUCAAGAAAUGAUGGUCUAUCACACAACGCAUCCUCUACCACUCAAAUUCCAAAGAGCAAAACAAUAUUGAAUGGAACUUCAAGUACUAAUUCUACUAAGAACGUAAAAGAUGGAUUGUCAACGGCAUCUCAUGGCCCAUCAUCUACUACUCAAAUUCCAAAAAGCCUUACAACUUUGUCAUAUAAUGCAACCUCUAUCACAGAAAUGCCAAAAAAUGUGACAAAUUUGAACGGAACAUCAACUGCAAAUUCUACCAGUCACACAAUGAAAGAUGGAUUGUCAACUUUAUUACAUAAUACAACCUCUACCACAGAAAUGCCAAAAAAUGUAACAAAUUUGAACGGGACUUCAACUGUUAGUUCAAGCAGCCACAGAACGAAAGAUGGAUUGUCAAUUUUGUCACAUAAUGCAACCUCUACCACCAAAAGUCCAAAAAAAGUAACAAAUUUGAACGGAAGUGCAACUGCUAAUUCUACCAGUCCCUCAACGAAACAUGGAUUAUCAACUUUAUCACAUAAUGCAUCCUCUACGACCCACAUCCCAAAAAAAGGAACCACUUCUCUGUCUCAUGGAACCUCUACUGCGAUGCCUCCAACGACCCAUGUUUUACCGACUGAUCAUUCAAACUCCUCUGCAUCUCACCUUGCAUCGACUACUAAGAGUCCUGAUACAGCACAUCCUACAAAAAAUUCCGCUGCGAAGCACUUACUACCGAUACUGCAUAACUCAACUACUGCAUCUCCAAAGAAUAGCAGUAUAACUGCGAUUCCACUAAAUGUAACGACUGCAAGUCCGCUGAGCGCAACCACCUCAGCUUCUAGUCUCAAUGUUACAACAAAAGCGAAUAAUUCGAUAACGACUUCAGGUGAGUCCAUACAAAUAGUAAAAUCCUCAUCUGAUAAAACAACCAAAACAGAAGAAUACUUGCAAUCUGGAAAAGCGCUGGUUCCUCAAGUUCAAAUUACAGAAGUAAAGAAAUCUUUUGUGUUAUCCUGGGUAGAUCCUCAACCUUCGUUGGUGAUGGCACGAGAUACGAUGAAGGGUCAUACAAUAAAGAAAGAUCUGAGUACUGUCAGUGGAUCUUCAGGGAAACUGAAUAGUACGAGUAAUGGACAGAAUGACACGGCAGUAGCUAAUUCCACAGUUAAUCAUAACGUGACGGGAACUGCUCAUGCCAAUGGGACAGCAUCGGCGAAUUCGACAGCGUCAAUCCCUCUUCAUAAUUCUACAUUGCCUGCCAACUCUACGGCUACAACUCCUCUCCAUAACUCUACAUUGCCUGUCAACUCUACGGCUACAACUCCUCUCCAUAACUCUACAUUGCCUGCCAAUUCUACGGCUACAACUCCUCUUCAUAAUUCUACAAGGCCUGUGAACUCUACAACAGCAACAACUCCUCUUCAUAAUUCUACAUUACAUGCCAACUCUACGGCUACAACUCCUCUUCAUAACUCUACAUUGCCUGCCAACUCUACGGCUACAACUCCUCUUCAUAACUCUACAUUGUCUGCCAACUAUACGGCUACACCUUCUCUUCAUAACUCUACAUUGCCUGCCAACUCUACAGCUACAACUCCUCCUCAUAACUCUACAUUAUCUUCUAAUUCUACGGCUACAACUCCUCUUCACAACUCUACAUUGCAUGCCAACUCCACUGCCACAACUCCUAGACAUAACUCUACGUUGAGUCAUCAAACUACGCCAUCUUCUAAAAAAUCACCAAAGGCGUCACAAGUCGUGACGAAGAUCACGUCGGACACUGCUUUCAAUUUCAUGGUUACACACAAUGACACAGGCGUGCCAUGUCUAUUGUCAAACAUGUCGAUUGACCUGAGCGCGUUGUACAAGAAGACCGAUAAAACGAUUUCGAAGGGCACCUUGCACAUACCCAACACAGCUGAAUCGAACGGAACAUGUGCUGAGAAGAAUGCCCAACUGAUGCUCAUUUGGAAAGAAAAAGGAAAGUCGAAAGCGAAGCGGGCAGGCGCUUCUCGCAAUACCACUCUCGAUGAUGGAGAACAUAAUAUCUUGGUAUUCAAUUUCAUCAAUGAUGGGAAGACCGCCAAACUUGACAAGGUUCAGGCAGAAAUCUACCUCGACAACUACAAUUUUCCAAACUCGAUAGACAAAACUCUGAGAGGAGAGUCAACUUCUGGUCUGGGACUAUUCGAAGCUAAAGUCGAUGCUGGCGCUUACGUGUGCAAUGUUCCCACUGCUGUGAGAGCUGGCGACAUCGGUAUCACUAUCAAAAGUAUUUCAUUGAUAGCGUUCAACUCCAAAGAGGAUCUUUCUUCCAAAAAAAUUGAGAGCUGCCAAUCAGAAGCAGGAGUGAAUCUCGGCGCAGUCAUUGGAGGAUUCAUAGGAGUGGCACUGAUAAUUUGCUUUGGGAUGUACCUCAUCGCACGGCGAAAAAAAAACUCCUUCCGGUCGUCGCAGAUCCCGUGA